AUGGCGUCCACUACCUCAGUUACAGACACCUAUCGACUCGGUGUGGAUGUGGUACGUAUUUUUGGCAAUCUGAUGUCAGUAUGCUACUGCUAACACUGCUUCGAACCUAGGGUGGAACGUUCACAGAUGCCUGCGUCUUCUCCCCAAAAGGCGUGAUUUAUCGAGCCAAAGUCCCUUCGACUCCCCACGAUCAAUCCAUCGGCGUGAAGGACAGCAUAGACAAGGUGCGAGCCAUCAUCGAAGCAGAGGAGAAGUUCACGGGCAAGUUUGGUGCCCUACACCAUGGCAGCACCGUCGCAACAAAUGCUUUGCUAGAAGGCAAGGGAGUGCCAGCUGCCUUGAUUGUUACCCAAGGGCAUAAAGAUGUCCUCGUUGCAAGACGAUCGCAGAUACCUGGUGGCCUUGCAUCGUGGAUAAAUUGGGACCCGCCGGCUCCGUUGAUACCCUUGGAGCGGACUCUACAGGUGCCCGAACGAAUUGGCGUGGACGGCGAGGAAGUCCGGCCGGUUGACAAAGAAGCUCUACGAAAGGAACUACUUACCGUCAAGGGCAAGGUACAAGCAGUCACAGUAAGCCUGCUCAACUCGUGGGUCUCGGGCGAACACGAAAAGCAGGUCGGUGAGAUUGUCAAAGAGGUGUUGGGCGAUGAAGUUGAAGUAUCGCUUUCACACGAGGUAUUGCCAGAGCUUGGCGAAUACGAGCGGACUGUUACUGCAGCCGCCAAUUCGGUGGUAAAGCCAGAGGUCAAGCGCUAUAUGAAAGGUCUCAGCAACAAGCUCAACCAAGAUACGCCAACCGUCCGGAUUCUGAAGAGCGAUGGCGGCCUCACCAACCUCGAUCUUGCAGGUAACUUGCCUGUUAACAUCUUGAUGUCUGGUCCAGCUGGUGGUGUGCGAGGUAUCACAAGCAUCAUUGCCAAUGCAACAGAGCACAAGAACCUCAUCACUCUCGACAUGGGAGGCACAUCGACCGAUGUUGCCUUGAUCGCCAACGCUCAGCCUUCUCUACGUCGAGAGACAAUGGUUGGCGAUCUUGCCGUUCGAUCUCCUUCAGUCGACGUGCGAACAAUUGGUGCUGGCGGUGGUAGUCUGGCAUUCUACUCGAAGCUCACCGACACACUUCGCGUUGGACCAGAAUCGUCGGGAGCCGUACCCGGACCAGCCUGUUAUGGACGCGGAGGCACGCAAGCCACAGUCACUGACGCCAAUUUAGUCCUAGGAUACUUACCAGAGACUCUUCUGGGAGGAGAGUUCAAACUCGAUGUUGCUGCUGCCAUAGCUGCUGUGGGCAAGCUUGCGAAAGAGAUGGGCAAGACACUGUAUGAGACCGCCGAAGCUAUCAUUGACCUCGCCAACGAGGCAAUCUACGCUGCAUUGCGACGUACGUAUACCGACGAUGAGCAUCACCAUAGCAUUCAACGUGUGUGGAAUGCCUGCUAAUCCGAGAACUAGUCGUGUCGGUCGAGCGUGGACACAAUCCUGCAGACUUCGCUCUGGUUGCAUUUGGUGGCGCGGGUCCAAUGUGUGCCAAUGGUGUCGGGAAGCUUCUGGGAGCAUGGCCAGUCAUUGUGCCUGCUGCACCAGGUAUCCUCUGUGCUCAAGGCGAUGCGACUACCAAGAUGAGCCAUGAGCUGUCGACAUCUUUCAUCCAUUUGCUCUCGAAGACGACAAUGGAGACGCUUCGAGCGGAGUAUGGUACGCUAAAGGACAGAUGUCAGGCGACUAUGAUUGAAGCUCUUGACUCCAAAGAUCCUACGCUCGAGACUGUCUAUGCAGCGGCGCUACGAUACAAGGGCCAAGCACUCGAGCUCGGAAUCACAUUAUCCGAGGAAGACCUUGCACAGCCGAUGGAAUCGUUUGGUAAGAUUGCUCAUGAGAAGUUUGACAAGCUUCACGAACAACAAUUCAGCUAUACACUCGAUAACUUUCCACUCGAGCUCACCCGACUGACUGUGACGGUCGUCGAUGCUUCCCCGGAUAUCGAAAUUCCCCGAAUUUCUGCAGCGGAGACGACAACACCUCCCGAGUCGGCCAUCAUUGAGAAAAAGACAAUCGUCGUUCAAGGCAAAGAGCAUGAGGCCACAUUCUGGAACCGCUCAGCCAUCAGCAAGGCAGGGUUCAAGGUACCAGGGCCGGCUGUUGUCGUUGAGAUGGACAGCAACACUCUCAUCGCUCCAGGGUUCGAGGGUGAAGUUGAUGCUGUCGGCAACAUCUGCAUCUCGCCGACACCCGGUAAUGAGAUGCCAAGUUUCAAGAGCAGGUUUGAAAGCACUGUUGAAGACCAGACGCAAGAGCAAAAGGAAGAGGAGGCUAGGAAGGUCGUGCAGGACAUACCUACCGUGUGAGUAUACUUCUAGGAUGACCUGGAUUUGUUUUGGCUGAUAAUGGGCAGGCCUACACUGAUUGCAAGCUCACUCGCCUCCAUCCGCCAGGAAAUGGACACGCUCAUGCUGCGAUGUUCGAUGUCCCCUGCUAUUCGGGAACAGCAGGACGAAUUCAACGUCAUCACCGAUGCCGCUGGCAAGAUGCUUGUUGGGCAAUUCGGAUCUUUCAUCGGCCAGUUCCUGAAGAUCUGGAAUCAUAAGCUCGACAAGGGCGAGGUCGACCAGAUUGAGGAAGGCGAUGUUUUCAUCACGAACGGUAAUACCCUUGCUACCCUUGGCAGAGCUCAUCGAGUCUAACAUGUUUGCAGACGUCUACGAGGUGGAAGGGGCUGUGUCACAUCUAAACGAUGUCAUCGUCCUCUUGCCCAUCUUCUUCGAGCACAAGCUCGUCGGCUGGGCCGCCAACUUCGGGCAUUUCACUGAUGUGCAAGGUCAAGUACCAGGCUCAAUGUCCAUCAACGCACAGACGAUCUUCGACGACGGACUUCAGAUCCCGACGAUGAAACUGUUUGAGCGCGGCAAAAUGAACCGCUCCAUCGUGGAGCUCAUGUGCCGGAACAGUAGGCAGCCAGAGUGGCUACGAUCAGAUCUUCUCGCUCUUAUCUCCGCCUGCAGGACCGCGGCAACUAGAGUGUGCGAGCUGUGCAGCAGAUUCGGUCCAGAAGUCUACGCUGCUUCUACCGACACCUUGCUCGAGCGGACGAGGUCUGCUGUGAGUAAGAUUGUAGAGGAGCAUAUGACUGACGAAGAGUCGACGUUUGUUGACUUUGUCGAUGAUGAUGGACACGGAAAGGGACCUUUCGCGCUGAAGUGUACGCUGAGCAAACCUGCGAAGAACCGAUUGAAGUUCGAUUGGCAUGGAACGAGCCCUCAAGCUUCGAGUAGUAUUAAUUACUACUUGAGCGAGACGAUGUUCAAGGUAUGUCGAUUCCAUUCCUCAUUACUGGACAGACUUCCUGACCAAGAGAUAGAUGUUCGUGGGGUACUACUUGCUCACAGUCCAUGCACCAUACACCAUCCCCAACGAUGGCUUCCACGAUCUCGUCGACGUCGACAUCCCCCUCGGAUCCAUCAUCAAACCAGUCCGUCCCGCUGCACUCUCAUGCCGGACGCACUUCCUUGGACGGACAAUGGAUAUCAUGCAAGCUCUCUUCGGACAGAAGAACUCUGCUUUCAUGACGGCUGCUGGCUUCAGUGAUUCUCCCCACUUCUUCUAUUCGGGCUUCAAGCCGAACGGAGAGUGGUAUCAGCUGUACCAGAUCGCUUUUGGCGGUGUUCCCGCGAGACCUAAAGGCGACGGACCAGAUUGCCACUGUCUGUUCCCGGCCAUCAAGAGUGUACCGACUGAGAGCAUCGAAUUGAACUUCCCCGUCAGGCUAGAAGUCAACGAAGCUGUUGCAGACACAGGUGGUGCUGGGUUCAACCGAGGAGGUAAUACCUUUCGUUCUCUUUUGUCAUUCCUUGACUUUUCAAGAUUUUGACUUUCGAAUAGGAAAUGCCCAACGCACAAUGUACAGAUUUCUGUCAGCGGGAGAGUUCAGUCUGCACGACGACAGAUGGCUCACAAAGCCGUGGGGAGUCCGUGGUGGAAAGCCCGGCAGUCGAAGCAAGAAGGCAAUCCAUCGCGUCGAUGGAACUGUUGAACUCCUCCCUUCAAAGUGCGAUCACGUCAAAGUAAAGCCAGGGUAAGCUCCCUCCACGUCGAUCUCACGCGAGAUAUACAACGAACUAAUCCCACUCUCCAGCGACCUCCUCGAAUGGCAAACCUGGGGCGGAGGCGGCCUCGGAGACCCCCUGACGCGUCCGGCCGAAACGGUCGCCCUCGAAGUCCGCCGCAGACUCGUGACCAUCCCCGGAGCGAAGGAAAACUACGGCGUCAUCGUCCACCCGGAAACUCUCGAACUCGACUUCGCGGCGACGGAAAUUCUACGCGCGGAUAUCGAAAAGGCCGAAGCGGGAGUCGGCGGCGACGACAAGGCAAAGGCGGACUUGUUGUAUGAUCGCGGAGGCACGGUCGCGGAGUUGGUGGCGCGGUGUCGGGCGGAAACGGGCAUGGAUCCGCCGGUUCCGCAGUGGGAAGAGGAAGUUUAUGGGCCGCAUGUUGCGUUGGAGUAUGUGCAGGAGUGGUAUCGGAAGGGGAGGGAGGGUGGGUAUCAGGUUUGGGGGGUGUGA